AAAAAAAAAAACAAACAAACAAGCGAGUAUGAGAAUAAGAAUAGAGAGAAUGAGAUCCUUAUUUAAAGUCAAGGAAAAGCAUGUGACCUGCACGUGAUUGUUUGUCCCUGCAAAAUAUUUCACCGGAGAACACAUCUCUUCCUCGCCGGAAACCCUAACCCUAACCCUAACAAAAUUCCCCUCCCUCCAAUCCCUAACGUAGCUCUCAAUUUUGCUGGCUUCUACGCUGGACCCAAAUGUCUUUCAUGGAGGAGUUUCAAGCCAACUUGGAGGCACUGCCUAAUAUUUUACAAAAGAAGUAUGCGUUACUACGGGAUCUAGAUAAAAGUUUACAAGAUAUCCAAAGACAAAAUGAGCAACGCUGUGAACAAGAGAUAGAUAGUUUUAAACGAGGGGUUAGGUCGGGAAAUAUUACGCCCGAUACUUCAGUUGCUAGAUUCUCGGAUGAGACACUUGAUGAGCAAAAGCACAGCAUCAGGAUUGCAGAUGAGAAAGUGGCCUUGGCUGAGCAGGCUUAUGAAUUGGUUGAUACUCACAUACGGCAGCUGGAUCAGAUUUUGAAAAAACUUGAUGAAGAUAUUCGACGUGAAAAAGAAAGUGCUCUUGCUAGUGGCUCCCCUGCUGCAAGUUUGGAUGGUGGCAGAAAAUCUGGAAAGGGUGGUGAAGGUGGUAGAGGAGGUCGCAAAAAAACACGCCAGUCAACCACAGCUGCAUCAACAGAGGCAGCUACAGCACUGUCAAAUCUUACUGGUAUGGAUCUAGAUAUACCGGUGGAUCCAAAUGAACCGACGUACUGUUCGUGUAAACAAGUUAGCUAUGGGGAGAUGGUUGCAUGUGAUAACCCAAGUUGCAGUAUAGAAUGGUUCCAUUUUGGCUGUGUUGGUUUGAAAGAACAACCGAAAGGAAAAUGGUAUUGUCCGGACUGCUCUACAUUGAAAAGCCGUCGAAAAGGCAGAUAAAUGCCUGCUAAAUUGUUCGGACUGUGCUAAAUUGCAGUUUACCAUCAAUAAGAUAAGUUGGCCUUUUGCUUUUUCUUUGCCCUGUUCUUUUCUUUGUUAGGCAAUCUUGUGUAAAUACUAUGCUCUUAUGCUUUGUGUGAGCAAAUUGUAUAAGAUGUACCAUUUGGUCUGAUAGAAAUAGUAAAAGAAGGUUCAGAUAUUGGAUGAA